GUUUGGGAAUUCGCAGGUUUUGAAAAAACAAAAUAUGAAAUAUUCUGCUUUGCAAUCAUCUUCACUUCGUUUGUCUUUUUUUUUAAAUAUAUUACAAAUGUUUCAACCAGGUUAAACAGUUAAAAUGGGUUAUUAUAAUAGCUAUUUAUAAUGAUUAAUGAAAGAAAUUCGGUCGAAAGUGUUUUAGACAAAAUUAUAACAGAAAUCGAAGUAGGAUGUAGCGAAGAAAAGAAAGUUAUCAAGCAAACAAUCAAACGAAAACUUGAUGAUAUUCUCGUAAUUAAUAAAAGACGUAAAUUAACUUUGCAACAGUCUUUAAAUGAAGAGAUACAAUGUCGUAUCUGUUAUGAUUCCAAUCAACAAUUACCAAUUAUAUAUCCUUGUAAAUGCAAGGGAACCAUGGGUGCUAUCCACUUAAAAUGUUUAGAACGUUGGCUCGAAGAGAGUAACAGAAAUAACUGUGAGUUAUGCGGACAUCGGUACGAAGUGAGACGUACUCCACGUUACCACGUUCUGCAUUCAAUAAUAAUUUGGAUGUGUCUUAAUCAACAACAGCAUCAAUUAUACGUUCGCAGUUUAAAAGCUGACUUGCUUCGUGGUAUUAUCAUUACACCCAUGGCAAUCGGAUGUUUGUAUAUUUGUAUAGUCGCUGCUGAUUUUUAUGCAAAAAACAAUUACGAUAAUCUUCCUCCAGCUCGAUGGACUACUUAUUUAUUAUUAAUAAUGAUGUCCUUGUUACUCCUCUCCUAUUUUAUAUGGAUGUACAUGGUAAUAGAAUAUCACCAGAAGGUCUGGUUCUAUUGGUGGCAAAAAACAAGCACAGUAACAAUUAUACUAAAUCCAAAAAAUAUAACUUCAAUAAACUACAAAUCUAAUAUAUCACAAGUUUAAAUAUUACUGAACACUUU